AUGGAUGCUCGACCUACAAACGAGUAUGAGCCUCUUCCGCCACAGGGAGGCCAUGCCCGCUCCGUCGCUGCGGCAGGCAGCCACCACGCCUCGACGAGAUCGUCUUUGUCAUCUUCGAGCGGGGAAUCCGAAUAUCUGACAGAAGUCGGCAUGCUCCCCGACGGCUACUUUGGAAGCUUUGGAGUCAGCCCCGCUUCCAGCCUUGGAAGACGCUCGCAGGAUAUCCCGGGAGAGAAUCAGCCUGGGCCUGAUGAUUAUUCUCCUGUCUCAAGAGCUUCCGACGACCUCGAUGACCCUGCGAGCGGCUUCCGUGAUGACCGGAGAUCACUGGAGGAGGCUCAAGGGGAGCAGUCUGCUGAGACUCUGGUCGAGAAUGGGGCCAGCAAGGAACCGCAAGGCGAUAACAACCUCGUCGCCAUACGGUCCGGCCGAGAAGAGCUCGAAAAGGAUGAAAGAAUGUCGGUGGGAACGGCAAGACCCUGGACGCCAUUCUAUCUGCGGAGAAUGGCUCUGCUCGGCUUCGCGCUUACCUACGUCGCGCUGUUGGUUGCACUCGUUGUAUUGGGUGUUUUCGAUCAGAAGAAUCAAGGCCUGGCGAACUCAACAUCAAGCAGGCACUAUGCUUGGACUUAUGGCCCUACUGCUGUGCUUACCGUCGUGGCCGCCUUCUGGGGCCAAGUCGAACAUCGGACCAGGCAAAUGAUGCCGUGGGCCAUUCUCAGAAAGGGCCCGACCCCAGCGGCCGACACCAUGCUGAUCGACUACAUUGAGCCGGCACGACCAAUCGCCUUGUACAAAUCGCUCAAGAGCGCUCACUGGCCCGUGUCCAUCACCAUCGUCGGAACUCUACUUCUCCAGCUGUUGACCGUCACCUCCACUGGCCUCUUCCAACUACAGAGCGAAACGCUGAAUCACACGGGUGUUGCUCUGCUCUACGGCCGUGACUUUGCUUCUGAACCAUCAAACAACUUUGCCGUCGGUGCGGCGCCUGUGCUGUCCGCGAUUGCCUUGAACAAUGGCAACCUUUCGUACCCGCCUGGCACUUCCGAAAAGCUCGCCUUUCCGGAAUUGAGCCUUAAGCAUGGGAUAUCAGGCGGUCAGAACCUCAGUAUCUCCUCGACCGUUGACAUUUUUCAUGCCGAACUCGGCUGCGAAGUAGUCGACAGCCCUUACUGGAGCGACGAUUGCUUCGGUGGUUCAAACUUCUACGGUGACUGCAAAAGCGCCAAGCCCAAAGUCAACCUCACCACUUCGUCGUGCCGGAUCGAAAACCUCGAAACGGGGACUAUUUCUGGCGCCUCGCAGUCAGGAAUAUACGGAGCUGCCGUUGAGGCCAACUGUACCGAUUCGCCUUCGGACCACCGCCUUGUGAUAGCUAUGAUCCGGUACGGAAUCGGGAGGAAUUACACCGGCGGGUUUUCAGGCGCUUCGAAUUCGCAGCUUUCCAUGGAGCCUGCACCCAUCCUCGUCUGUCAGCCAAGUUAUGCUAUCGACGCUCAACACAUAACCAUGGACGAGGCUGGCUCGCUUGUCUCCGCUGCAUCUCGGAAUGCAUCGACUGCCAGGGCAGCGGAUCAACUUCCGAUACCGCAAUGGACUCUCGUGGAAGACAUACUACAAUCAGUCAGCAACGCGAGCAGUGCGGCAAGCGGGCCGGCGAACGAAAUCCAGGACAUCGGAUCCAGCGGCUCAACAGCUCGCCCAAUGCUGGACAAGUUCAUGUAUUGUCUGCUGGCCUUUAACCCCAGCAACAUAACAGACUUGCUGGACAUCCGACUUCUGCAGCAAGAGGCCGAGAGAUUCUAUAGCACUGUCGCCGCACAGAUGGCGAAAGACUACCUGAUGGUUCCCUCGGACAGGGAGGCAUCCGGAGACGUCGCCGCGGAUCAGCAGCGCCUCCGCAUUCGAGGCUUGUCCUAUUAUCUCAUGGAGGCCAUCCUCGCCUCUCUGAUCAUCAUGGCCGCUGCUCUCUACUUCUUGGCGCCGCGCAACGACGUCAGCCGGGAUCCUGGAUCGAUUGGCGGCUUGACCGCAAUAAUGGCCGAAAGCCCGUCUUUCUGCGAGGCUCUGUCCCCAUGUGGAAGAACGGGGCUUUCUUCUCUGUACGAGCGUCUCUCUAAUUACCGAGCCUUAAGCACUAUGCAAGCGUCUGAGGGAAAGCUUGAAUUCCGAGUUGUCAUGGUUCCUCAGGAUUCGGCCACACCUGUCCAAGCCUCUGCCGAGGAGUCGGGGGAAGGCAAGAUUCGCUGGUGGAAGCCUCUGGCCAUGUCACGCAUCACCAAGACCGGAGUCACGCUGUACUUGCUUCUUCUAGUGGCGGCUUUGGAGUCUACCUAUCAGGCCUCGGUCAAGCACGACGGGCUCGCAAACGUAGAGACCGAGAGCUACGUCCGCUACACGUGGUCCUACAUUCCCGCCCUGAGCAUGUUUAUCGCUCAGAUUCUUGUCGGCAUGAUUGGAGACGUGUCGAAGAUCUAUGCCCCUUUUUAUGAGCUUCGCCGCAAAGGUCCUGUUCCAGCCAAAGCACUCUUCAGCGACCCUCUGUCACAGCUCACCGUCCAGACCGUCAUCAAGGCAAUCCCCACCAAACAGUUCGCUCUAUUGGCAACCGGUCUUUCCAUGCUCCUGACACCGCUUCUGACCAUCGUAGCCUCCGGCUUGUUUUCGCCCGAAACAACCAAGUAUUCGAUACCCGUCACAGCCAAGUUCGACGACGCCUUCAACCUCACCUCCGCCACAAUCACCGCGCAAAGCUCCUUCGUCAUCGGCCUCCUCCUCCAAAGCAACCUUUCCUACCCCGCCUGGACGCACGGCGAGCUCGCCGUCCCCCAACUACAUCUCGACACCAUCCAGCAGACCGGCCAACCACUCAAUUCCUCCUACCCCUACUUCAACGGCUCCACCGUCGCCCUCACCGUCGCCGCCCCCCGCGCCUCCCUCAAUUGCACCUACCUCCCACCCGGCCAAGUCUACGUCUACAACGACGACCUCUUCGCCAACACGCAAGCGUCAACCCCCACCCUCUCCGCCACCAACAGCGACUGCCUGGACCUCAACUCCCAAAUCGAAGGCAACUACUCGCGGCCCUUCGGCUGGACGUCGUCAGUCAUCGGCUCGUGCGGCUACAUCCGCGGCGUCUACGGCCCCUCCGCAACCGACAACAGCACCGCGCAGGGCUUCUACUGCACGCCCACAAUCGAGCAGGUCCGGGUCAACCUCACGCUGCAGCUCCCGUCGUACGACAUCAUCUCCGCCACCGCGCUCGAGGACGACGACGACGACGCCACCACCACCCCCACCCCAUACGCCACGUCCGAGUGGGACUGGAGCAACUUCGACCUCUCGGCCAUCCUGCCCGGCGCUGGAUACACGAGCAACAGCAGCACCACCACCACCACCUCCACCACCCCCCUCGCCGACCCCGACCCCGACCCCGACCCCAACCUCGACCUCGACCCCGUCUUCCAAGCCAUCCUCUCCACCUCCACCUCCCCCACCACCCUCACCCCCACCACCCUCUUCGACCCAGCCUCCUUCGCCGCCCUCGCCGCCUCCCUCCAACACAUCUUCCGCCUCGCCUUCGCCCAAGUCAUCAACCUCGAGUUCCGCGUCCCCGUCUCCGACGUAGACCUUUCAUCAACAUCGACAACAACAACAACCCUCAACGCCACCCUGACCAACCCCGACCGCCUCCUCCGCCUCAAGCAGUCCGCAGUGUCCACGCGCGUCCUCGAGGCGUUGCUGGGCGCCAUCGCCGCGUGCCUGCUCGCGUCGUUUGCGCUGAUGCGGGACGCGCGGCGGGUGGUGCCGGCGGCUGGGGUUGGGGAGGGGAGUCCGUGCAGCGUCGGGGCGGUGGGGGGGUUGGUUGCGGGGUCGAGGAUGGUGAGGGCUUGGGGGAAGGAGAGAGGGGUGGUAGGAAAGGAGGGGGAGGGGGAGGGGGAGGGGGAGGGGUUUAGUAUGGGGUUUUGGGAGGAAGACGAGGAGGGGGAGGGAGAAGGGAUGAGGAGGAGGCGGUUUGGGAUAGAUUGUGGGAGGGCGGCGUGGGAUUGA